AGUGUGAGAAAUUUUAUACUCCUCCGUCCGCGCAAUUUUCGUAAAAAGGGGUAAAAUUUUUUUUGCUUCACGUAUUAAUAUCUAGAUAUUUCACGAAUGCAAAUUGAUUCGAAGUUAGUGUUUUAAUAAUUGCCCUAGUACGACGACCAGGCGAGGUCUAGCAUUGUGAUGUUUGAAAAAAUACGAAUAAUAUUUUACAUAUUCCUCGCAGUUUUCAUUCCGUAUUUGCUACAAGAAUACAUUACGGCCAUAUUAUUGAACAAAAUCAAACGGUGCGAGUGUAAUAAUUGUUGAAGAUGCGUUUUGCUUGCGCGUUUUUCUUCGUUCUGGCUGAUUUCUUAGGCGUGUUCGCCGAAAUCUAUUUGCGGCUUGUGUUCAUUGUCGAGCGACACGAGCCGGAGUUGUUCAGGAUGAUUGGUGAGGCCGCUAAGCACGCAGAAGACCUGAAGCAGCUCGCAUUGGACGACUCGAUCGUGUCGCUAGACCGUGAGAAUGAAGACGAAGCCCGCGGGAAACUAUGCUCCGAGUUAUCUAAGGGAGUGUCAGCCCUCAUUGACCUGUCCUGGUCACCGUGGGACGAAGCAGAGCAUCUCGCUUCGGAAGCCGGUGUGCCCAUCAUCAGAAUUACGCUAGGACCUCAGCCCUUCGUUGCCGCUAUCGACAGAUACUUGGAGUCAAGGAACGCCACUGACGCCGCCAUUUUGUUGGAGAGUGAAAUUGACGUCGACAAAGUCUUGUACGAGCUAUUGGGUCGAUCCAACACGCGCAUUUGGGUGCAUGCCGGCCUCACGCGGGACUCCGCCAGGGCUCUGAAGACGAUGAGGCCUGACCCAAGCUUCUACGUGCUGGUCGGUGGAAGUGGCUUCGUGAUGGAAACGUACAAACGGGCCGUGAAGGAGAAGCUGGUGCGUCGUGUCUACCGCUGGAAUCUGGUCUUCACCGACUACCUCGAUCUGUCCGCCCUGGAUCUGAGUUCCGUGGUACAGCCUGCGAUGAUCCUACAGGCACACCCCGAGGAUUGUUGCAGGAUCAUCGCCUCGAAGGAUUGCACUUGUUCCGAUAGUUUUGAGAAGACUCAGGCCACAUUGAACUCUCUGAUUGCUUAUCUGGUGGAUGCUUUUGGGAGAAUCGAUGGCACGUUCAUGGUUAAAGCCAGGGUCGACUGCGGGAACAUCCAUAGUGAUAUGAGCGAUACCAAAGAGGCAUUGCACAGGAUAUUCGUCGAAGACAUAGAUAACAACGAAACUGUAUUUUAUUGGGAUCAGGAAAGGUACGGAUUGUUCUUGCGCCAUCGCUACGUUCUGUCUUCAUACAAGCCUGAUUCCGGUCUGGAAGCCGUCGCGGUUUGGUCAGCGAACCAAGAGUACAGGCUGCUUCCGGGAGUGACACUGGAACCCUUGAAGCACUUCUUUAGAGUCGGGACUUCGCCGGCCGUACCGUGGACCCUGCCGAAGCUCGACCCUGAGACCGGGGACCCGCUGUACAAUGAAGACGGCCAACCGAUCUACGAGGGAUACUGCGUGGAUCUAAUACAGAAAUUAUCAGAGGCCAUGAACUUUGACUACGAGAUCGUUUCACCGAGGAGCGGGGGAUUCGGAAGGAGGCUACCUAAUGGCUCCUGGGACGGUGUCGUCGGUGACCUCACUACGGGGGAGACCGACAUAGCCGUCGCUGCGUUGACCAUGACGGCUGAGAGGGAGGAAGUCAUAGAUUUCGUGGCGCCAUACUUCGAACAGACAGGAAUAUUGAUAGCGAUUAGGAAGCCAAUACGGAAGACGUCCCUCUUCAAGUUCAUGACGGUACUCCGCACUGAGGUUUGGCUCAGCAUCGUGGCGGCUCUCGUUCUAACCGGCUUCAUGAUUUGGCUGCUGGAGAAGUAUUCCCCUUACUCGGCGAAGAACAAUCCGGGGGCCUACCCGUAUCCUUGCAGAGAUUUUACACUGAAAGAGAGCUUCUGGUUCGCCCUGACCUCGUUCACUCCUCAAGGCGGCGGAGAAGCUCCGAAAGCCCUCUCAGGCAGGACCCUCGUGGCUGCCUACUGGUUAUUCGUGGUGCUGAUGCUGGCCACAUUCACGGCGAACCUGGCUGCUUUCCUCACGGUCGAGAGGAUGCAGACUCCGGUGUCAUCUUUAGAGCAAUUGGCGCGUCAAUCCCGCAUCAAUUAUACGGUCGUCGAAGGUUCUAGCACGCAUCAAUACUUCAUCAAUAUGAAGUUCGCCGAAGAUACGCUAUAUAGGGUGUGGAAGGAGAUAACCCUCAACGCCACAUCGGAUCAAGCCCAGUAUCGGGUGUGGGACUACCCCAUCCGGGAGCAGUAUGGACAUAUCCUUCUGGCCAUUAACGCUUCAGGUCCAGUGGCAGACGCGGAAACUGGCUUCAAACAAGUCAACGACCACACAGACGCCGACUUUGCUUUCAUCCACGAUUCAGCGGAGAUAAAAUACGAGGUGACCAGGAACUGUAAUCUGACCGAAGUCGGGGAGUUGUUCGCCGAGCAGCCUUACGCCAUAGCCGUCCAGCAGGGCUCCAGGCUACAGGAGGACAUCUCCAGAGCCCUGCUGGAGUUACAAAAGGAACGAUUUCUGGAACAGCUGGCUUCCAAAUAUUGGAACGAAACGCUAAGACAGUCCUGCUCUGAUGCCGAUGAAUCUGAAGGCAUCACCCUGGAGAGCUUAGGUGGUGUCUUCAUAGCAACGCUGUUUGGCUUGGGUCUAGCGAUGAUAACUUUGGCCUGGGAGGUGUUUUAUUACAAGCGCAAAGAGAAAAAUAAGGUGCAGUCGAAAAAAGAGAACGUUGAGAGGCCGCCAAUCAAGAGCGCUAAGCUCGGAGGGAAAAUGGCCGUCGGCGUUGCCAGACUACGGAAGAGAGCUACCAAAAUAGGGAAAAAGAAAAACGUCACUAUAGGCGAUAGUUUUAAGCCGUCCGUUUCAUAUAUAAGCGUUUAUCCCAAAGGCGAUUAUCGUCCUUGAACUAAAUUUAAUAAAUACUGUUAAGCGCUGGGGUUCGGGAUAAAUAAAAUUUCACCAACGUACAACUUAAAACUGUAUUCAACACUUAGAAAACUUAAACACUUUAAAACUCUCAAUUCGCUUGUUUCGCUUCGCAUCAAGUGAUCCUUUCGCUGUUUCGCAUCGAGUAGUUCCGAUUACUGACUGACUGCGUGCCAUCUCUGCAACGCUUUUAUAGUCGAUACCACAUCCCUAGAAUUAUCGAGAAUAUUCCACACAU